CAAACUGCAGUAGUCAGACGGAGAAUCGUGCACUGGAGCACAUCGCUUUUCCUCCUCUUCGGGAAUAUUCUUGACACAAGUCUCAAGACGUGGUGGCUUUCUUUUUUUAACACUGGAUCCAGGAUGUCAGAAUAAUAGUCUUUUAAAGGAUGCCGUUUGUUUCCCUAUAGACAUUACUUGUUCCGCAUUGCGCACAAGCCAUAUUUGGAUUAUCGCACAUUUCCGCGUUUUUUUUGUUUUGUUUUGUGUUAUCAUUAUGAGCUGUGCUGGUAAAUAAAUUUUCAUUCCACAAGUUCUACACCGCCGUUCCUUCACACUUCUGGACCGCCGAUGAGAGAUCUCACCAGUGGAUCCAGAUUUUUACGCAGCCAGUCCCCGGAUAGUAACGUCCGUGGCGGUGUCACCGGUCCACGCCGCGCAGGAGUGCAGAGUCCCAGACCCGAGUCUUGUUCGUCCCCGCUAGAGCCGUCACGCCAGGACAAAAGGCUCCCCAUCAGGAUUGUAAAGAUGUUGACGGCGCACAGCGGCCAUUUGCUCCACCCGGAGUACCUUCAACCUCUCCAGUCCGCUCCAGUUAGCAUCGAGCUGGAUGCCAAGAAGAGUCCUUUAGCUUUGCUGGCUCAGACCUGUUCUCAAAUUGGCAAACCGGAGCCUCCCUCCUCUUCCAAGCUGGCCUCCCUCUCCUCAGGCGGAUUGGGAGACAAGGAUACGACAAGCCGGUCCUCCAAGACUGGAGAGCAGCACCAGUCCUCAGAGGACAAGUCCAGCUUCAAACCUUACUCCAAGUCAUCAGUCGACUGCCGUAAAGAAAUCCAAGGUUCGAAGGGGCCUUCAGAAAAAGCCUUCAGAGUGGCCAAUGGAAGCUCGAGUGGUGGCAGCGGCUCGUGUCCAUCAUUUCCACCCCAUUCCAAAUCACCAAGCUCCCCUCCGCCACACACCCAGAACCAGCCUCAUAGACAAAGCCAUUCCCCAUCCACACAGACGCAGGCCUCACACAUGGACAGCAAACCUGCCAGUUUGGAGCAACCGGGUCCGGACGUUAGCAGUGGUGCUGAUAAAAAAGACUCGGACGCAGCAAAGUCGGGGAUGGACGGGGCUCACUUGGCCAACUCCAGCCAUGUACGAGCCAGUGCCAACUCCAGUAAUGCUAGCUCAGCCAGCAGUCCGCGGCCUGAAAGCAAGGCCGACACACCGGCCUCGUCUCAGCCUAACCUGGUCUCUGGGCACAUUGCUCCCGUCUCCCCUUUUAAACCAGGACAUUCUGUCUUCCCAUUGCCUCCGGCGUCUAUGGGCUACCAUGGCUCCAUAGUGGGGGCCUAUGCAGGUUACCCCUCACAGUUUGUUCCUGCUUUGGAUCCUACAAAGUCCAGUUUGGGGUUAGGACUUCCAAGUAAACACCCCAGUUCUAGUCCGCUCACUGGAGCCUCUCCUCCGUCGUUGAUGCAGGGCUUAUGUCGGGACCCUUACUGUCUGACUUACCCCAACGCACAUCACUUAGGAGGAAGUAACUGUUCCACCUGUGUCCAUGACCCCUCCAGCCUCAAGUCUGGUUUCCCCCUAGUCUACCCUUCACACCACCUGCACUCUUUGCACUCUAACGCCUUGUCUUCCAGCACCACCCCCUCCCUCUCGCACCCCCUCUAUACGUAUGGUUUCAUGGUCCCCAAUGAAUCGCUACCCCACUCGUGUAACUGGGUGUCUGUCGGAGGCCCCUGUGACAAAAGGUUUGCCACAUCAGAGGAGCUGCUAGCCCACUUGCGUACCCACACAGCUCUGCCUGGGAUGGUGGACAGUAAGCUCUUGUCAGCCUAUCCUUCAUCAAUUUCAUCAACAGCCUCUUGCCAUCUUCAUCUCCCACCACCCAGCAGCCCAGGCUCCCUGCCUAGCUCCUUCUCUCUCCGAGGAUCCCCUGGAUUGGGUCUGGCCCGCUACCACCCUUACAGCAAAUCGCACCUGCCUGGAGCCCCUGGCCUUCCGAUGCCAUCCCUACCUUCCUCAUCGGCUUACUACUCCCCCUAUGCUCUCUACAGCCAGAGACUGGGCUCUGCCUCAGCCCUUGGAUACCAGUGAUGUCAUAAAUAACUGACGUUCACAGACUGCAGGCACCAGCUUGACCUCUCCGGAGCGACCCCGAAGAUAGACGCGAAGGAGAUGUGUCCUCAGCAGUACAGGGCAUCAUGCCUUCUGGCCAGCCUGUUUGGAAUACCACCUUUUAUAGCCUCAGGACUGGGACUGGUGCUCCAAAGGCAAAAGGCUAUGUGAUGGAUUAUAUGCCACACAGUCAGAAGGACUUAAAGCUAUUAAUGACACCAAUAAGCAGAGCUUCAACAUGAUUGAAUUUAGAUUUCUUGAAGUGUGUCACUCAGAACGGAAAGUCUGUAUUUAUUUUUCAAAUAAGCGCUUGCUAUUCAACUCUGGGGUGCAUUUUUACCGUCCAAAUACAUUGAAAUAAACAGAACAAUUUAAGUAUAUUAAUUACCGCAAUGCCUAUGUCACAUCAUCUUUUUUUGUUGUCAUUAAUCUCUGAUGGUUUAUUUUAUUCUUUUUUUGGGGGCUUAAUCAGACUGGAGAAGUGCAUGUCCGUGAGAAUGAGCUUGAACGAUGCGAUUAUUUUUAUUUGUAAAUAUGCAAAGAUGUAAUAUUUUUUCAAGCCUAUGUCGUGUAUGGGUCGUGUUGCGUUCCAAAAUGGUACAAAGAUAAGUUGACAGGUCAAAUCUGUUAUUAAGGACUGUACUAUCCAACCAACAGGGCAAAGUCUUAUUUUAUUAAAUAAAUGAUGAUUGCUUUAAACUUGUUUUCUCUCAUUCAUAUAUAUUCGUAUAUGUAUAUACAAUAUAACGGUGAUUCCCAACCACUGUGCCGUGGUACAUCAAAAUAUCAGAAAAUUAUUGUUUAUUUACUACAAAUAAUAUCUUUGUUGACAGGCUUCCGCUAGAUGGCAGAAGGUACAUAAUGAACCUGUUGCCAGUGUUGUUUGAUGGUGUGAUGUUUCUCAUGUAAAAUAUGUGCCUUGGCUCAAUAAAGGUUGGGAAACUGCACUGUAUCGUGCAAAGCAGCAGCUGGUGACCACUCAGUCUUUCUAUUGCACUUACUGUAUCAAGGUCUAUCCAUCAUUCUGGUCUCUGUGUAAUAUUUCAUGGCUCAUAUCAGUUGACAGGGCUGUCCCAGAGAGGGCAGCCUGGGUCACAUUAGCCCAGUUAGCUGCCCUCUGAGGACCAUCCCCUCUCCUCCUUCCAUCACCCGCAUUGACGUGAGUGUAGCCUUUAAUUGCUGAUUCCUGUUUGUGAGCUCUGAAAACGGCCUUCUCAGCAGAAGGGGAUGGUGGUGUGCAGUGGGUCACUGGGACUUGAAUAAUGAUUCGAGGGAGGUGUUGACCCAGGAUCUCCUCACGCUCGUGACGGAUUGGCCUGCAACACAAAGGCCAUAGCUGACAAAGGGAUGCAGUUAAUAGAGAAAUAUUCAUCAAAGUCAUGCUACCUCCCCUGGGGAAGGCGGGGAACCUCAAACGUGGCGGUUGUCAUCAUUUUCUUGCUUAUGUCAGCAAUCUUGAUGCUGUGAGAUACUAAUUCAACAGGAAGGAGUCAGUCCAUCUACUAGUAGAGCAUUUGGGUGCUGAUAAUGUGUCUGUGUCUCUGCUCUAUUUGGCCGACAUGCUGUCUGUGGCGCGGUGCAAAGAGUCUCCAAGGUGGCUAUUGACCCCGACUCCCAGACUCCUCUACUCUCGCGGUUCAUUAGCACUCCAGACAGGGGAAAGGCAAGCACAGGUGUCACUUGACAGGACCAUUAACAAAAUGGAUGACCCUCCCAAACCACAUCCAGUCCCUGCCUCACCAGCAAGGUCACAGCUCCCUGAUCACCACUCUGAGCGGCUCUGUGGCCACACGCUUAUUUUUCUUUUUUGGAAAGUGGAGCCACCCACUCCACUUUAACAGAAGAGUCCAUCUGAACUCUCCUUUAAUAGCCCUAUCUUGAUGGAUUAUAUGUAUGGAUAUUUACAUUUUAGUGCUCAUAGUGCAUUUUUAUUUAUUUUUCAAAGUUAUUCAGCGAAUAUACAGGCUUGUGUUCCCCCCUAUAGUUGAGCUACAUGAAUUGUGUUAGUGGAGCGCAGCACAGUUGGAAAUACUGUACUGUACUGUGUUUCCCAACCUUUAUUGAGCCAAGGCACAUAUUUUAUAUUGGAAAAACCUCACAACCCUUAAACAACUUACUGUACUUAUGCACCUUCUGCCAUCUAGUGGAAGAGCAUUUCAAUGUUCUUCCUGUCACUGUAUACUGUAUGGUUGGCAUAGAUAGAUGAACAAAGAUAAAUUAUUUGCAGUAAAUAGUGGAGUCCUCUUAAGUCAGUCUUGCUUGUGUCUCACAACACAUUAAGUCACGGUCCAUCGUGUUAUUAUUAGUUAUAUUAUUGGCAAAAAAUGACACAUGGUUGACUGUUUUUCUCCAUAUAAAAUUUCAGACUUAAAAGUGUCAUUUCUAUGAAAAAUUGCUCUGUUUAUGUUGAUAUGUGUGUACUGUCUAGUUACGCAACAAUAAAAA